GAAACAUUGGCGAUGUUAAAGAUGCGGAUUAGCGGACAAAAGGCCCCGCGAGCGGCAGGUGACGCGACGCGCGCAGGUGAAACCGCGGAGGGACGCGCGCACUAAUAACGCAACGGAAGUCGGUGUUGGUUUUGGGGGCCGCAGUCGAGCGUGAUCAUCCGCGUCCGUUAACGUUUUAGUCUGGCCUUUCUUCUUCUUCUUCUCCCGCGCGGACCGGAUUCGGUGUGAACGCGCGCGGCGUUUGAUGUCAUUCGCGAUGGAGGACGCGAUCGAGUCCGGUUGGGUGUCGGUGAGACCGAACGUGUUCGAGGAGAAAGAGAAGCACAAGUUCGUGUUUAUCGUCGCCUGGAACGAGAUCGAAGGAAAGUUCGCGGUCACGUGUCACAACCGGACGGUGCAGAAGCGCAGCGCCGAGCGGGACUCCCUGCUGGAGGCGGCCGAGGGCGAGCUGGCGGCGGCGGCGGACACGGACAGACGCACCGCGCGGCCUGCGCACCGUAGCCCGGGCCGAGAGCGCAGCGGCGGGCAGAGCAGUCCGAGCGCAGCCGCCGAGCUGGAGCUGCUGGACGCGGCGGAGGACGCGGAGCUGAGCGCGCGGCAGGACUCCAGCUGGGCCGGCCUGUUCUCCUUCCAGGACCUGCGUGCCGCUCACCUGCAGCUGUGCGCCGUGAACGCGGACCUGGAGCCCUGCCUGCCCGCGCUGCCGGAGGAGCAGACCGGCGUGUGGUCGGUGCUGUUCGGCGUGCCAGAGAUGAGCGCGCGCGACACGGACGCGCUGUGCUUCCAGCUGCAGGUGUACCUGGGCCACGCGCUCGACACCUGCGGCUGGAGGAUCCUCUCUCAGGUUCUGUUCCCGGACAGCGAGGACGCGGAGGAAUACUACGAGAGUCUGAGCGAGCUGCGGCAGAAGGGCUACGAGGACGCGCUGCAGAGAGCCAAGAGACGCCUGCAGCAGCUCCUGGAGCAGCAGCGUGCAGUGGAGCGUAUGGUGGAGCUGCUGCAGCUGUACAGUGAGCAGGACGAGGCGUACGGAGAGCUGGUGGAGGCCACCACUGAACUCUACCAUUACCUGCUGCAGCCCUUCAGAGACAUGCGGGAGCUGGCCAUGCUGCGCAGACAGCAGAUCAAGAUCUCUCUGGAGACGGAGCGUCUGGGCCCGCGGCGCGUGGAGUCUCUGCGCAGAGAAGAUGAAGACUGGCAGAGGAAAGCACACACUGCUGUACUGUCCAUACAGGACCUGACCGUCAAAUACUUCGAGACCACUGCACGCGCUCAGAAGGUGAUGUACGAGAUGCGCACACACCAGCGUUAUCCAGGUCAGGUGACUCUGAAGUCGACACGUCUGCGUCUGGCGUUCUCCAGGAAGAAGGCGCUGCGGGCGGAGCAGAUGCAGACUCAGACGCAGCCACAGACGCAGGCUGCUAGUGUGCAGACGGACGACGCUCCGGCUCCUCUUGAACCCCCGUCUGCGGUGCCGGAGCUGUGCAGACCCGACAGCUUCCUGUCCCUCCCCCCGAUGGGUGGAGCUGUCGCAGAGGCCCCUCCCUCAGCAGAACACUCAUCACUUCCUCCAGCCCGAGAGCUGCUGCUGCUGGACUCCUCCACGUCCCCCAUGUCUCCGCCCCCGCCGCCGCCUCCUCCGCCCCCGCCGCCGCCCCCUAUGCUGGAGGACUUUCCCCCUAGGAGCCCGCCGGAGCCCCAGAGUCCCCUCGGGCCCUUCAGCGCACGCUUCUUCGACAGCAGCCAACUGCUGAACGCACGCAAGAAACUGAGGAAGACGGCAUCACUGGAGUCCAGCCAGUGGAGGAGAGCGAGCUCCCCCAUGGACGAGGUUCUGGCCAGUCUGAAGCGGGGCAGUUUCCACCUGCGUAAGGCUGAGCUGGCCUCAUGGUCCACACACACUCACUUUUGCAUCUGUCUGUGUGCGUCUGUGAGUGUGUGUGGACUGUAAUACACACACAUACACAUUCAUGUGUGUGUGUGUGUGUAUAUAUAUCUUACAAUUCACACACACACAGACAGACAGAGUGAGUUGUGAGCAGUGUCUCGUCUUCAUUAGUCUGGUGUUCUUCUCUCUGUCUCAGUGUUUGAGGGACGCAGAGCUUUCAGUCGAGUCUCAGACGCUUCACAGAACAGUGGAAUAAUCGACAAUAUUCUCGAGUCUCUUUAUAUUUACAAUUAAAAUAAGCUGAAAACAGUGUAAUAGUGUGUAAGGAAUAAAACACACAUCCUCCACAUCUCCUCCUCCUCCUGUUGUGUUCUGCUGUGAUGUCCGACUGUUGUAGCUGUGUAAUAAUCAUUCAGCGGAGUGAUAUGGAGCUGUAAUGCACUCUAAACCUGCCGGAACUACUUUAGCUGUGCCUUUAUCUGACAAUAACCAAACACCUGAGAGUGGCCAUAUUUCUGAUUAUUAUCAAUUUCUUUGAUAAUAAAACAAUUCUGAUUAAA